AUGCCGCCCGAAAAAGUCACCUUGCCGGCGAGCGUGCCUCCCGCGCCGCAUCUGGAGGACUGCGCGGCGCUGACGGAGGCGAGAAAGGUGGCGGAGCAGCGCGGAGCGAACGGGGAGUCGCCCGUGUGGGCUCGGCCGUCCAACUGCUGCGGAUGCAACCCGCAACCCCCGUGGGUGCGCGGGGCGGACGCGGACAACCUACCGUUGACGCGCGUGGUGCAGAGGGACCUGUGGGAGUACCAGAUGUUCUCCGGCACCUGCGAUGGCAGGCGCCUUCUCGUCGUGCCCUGGUCCCUGGGUCGCCUGCACGGCGUCGGCUCUCAGGUGCAUGUGAUGAGCGCGUUCCUGAGCAUGGCCAUGGUCCACAACCGCACGCUAGUGCCCCUGCCCGCCUCCUACGACCGCGCCACCACCACUGCUUGCAAUGCCACGAACGCCACAUCUCUCUCGUGGGACUGCUUCUUCUUCCCCAUGGUGAACCCCCACUGUGAGCGGGUCGUGGCGGACAUGGUAGCCAACGGCACCCUCCCCGCCAUGUCCAACGAUGACCAUGGGCAUGACCGCCUGGCUGCCUCCGCUGACCUGGUCGUGCAUCUCAACCCCAAUGUCGACAAGCAGAUGGGCUAUGACGCGCGCGCCGCCAAGCGGUGGGGCCAGGCGUAUGCAGCGACGCCAGACGUGAUCGAGUUCAUGGGGCAAAUCCCGCGCACGGACGACAAAUACCAGAUGCUGCACUGGUGGCGUUCGCAGUCGGUGCGCUUCAUGAUGCGCUGGCCCUCGCCGCACAUGUGCCACGCCACCAACAAGGAGCGCCACACCGCCUACGGCCUCCACACUGCAUCCCACCUUGCACGCUUCUCCGAAACGCAAGCCGAGAUCGUGCGGGCCGUCGUCACCAGCAGCAGCAACGGUACCACCUCGGAGCAGAACGUCACGGAGUCUCCAGAAGCGAAGCAACUCCUAGGGAUUACCUUUGCUGCGCCGGGGAACCUGGAGACGCAAGUGUGGGCGAUCCGAGGGUUCGAGGGGUGCAACGCCACGUGCAUGGGCGUGGGGGAUGUGAAGGCGAUGCGGGAUACGUACGUUGCGGUGGGGGAAGGCGAGCCGUUUAUGAUGCGGCCGAUUGUGAGCGUGCACGUGCGGCAGAGCGACAAGGCGAUCGAGAUGAAGCUGUCGUCGUUUGCCUCGCACAUGUUCUUCGCGCAUAGGCUUCGCCGCCACGUGCCUGACCUGCGAUACGUGUGGCUUAACACGGAGAUGGAGUCUGUAAUAAAAGAAUCCGCCAGUUACGCCGACUGGAAGUUCCUCUACUCAUCCAACUCUCGCCAGCCCAUCGACGCCAAGUCCAACCGCGACUACGAGUUCUCACAAUCAGUCGCAGCGAGCUUCGCGAGCGCCAUCAUCGCGUCGCAGUGCGACUACUUUGUUGGAGCGCUCGGGUCGAAUUGGAGCAGGUUGAUUAAUGAACUGCGGGCGACCAACGGGCGGCUGCGCAACGGGUUUGUAGCGAUCAACAUGGGGGACUGGUGA